AUGGCAGCAGCUAGCCACAAAAACUUCAGACUACGGGGCAUCCCGCUCGAAUGCGAGACUAGGAGUGAGGUUUGCAGCCUUGUUCAGAAGACUCUUGCACUCGAGCCCAAUGCCAGCCCUACUGUUUACUCGCUUGCAUGUUCCCCCACAGAUCCAAAUAGCAAGAUCGCGACACUCAGUUUUCCUUCAAUUCCAGAAUGUUUAUCCGAUCGCACAAAAGUUGAGUGGAGUUUCGACUUAUCUGGCGAUAACGACAUCGAUUUCAGCAGGUCUCUUGCUUUCGACACACACUUUACAGGUUUCACACCGUUUCAUCGCACAAGCGAUACUGAUUGCCAGAUUGAUCAGCUUGUCGGAAGUGAAUCCUUUCAAAGUUUGACUGACCUGGGAAGAACAUUGCAGAUUGACCUUGAGGACAUUCGUACCGUCCGAAUGUUAAAAGAAGAGUCUCUUGGGCCCGACCUUUCAAUCUUAAACGCCGUUUCCGGCUUCGCCUUCUUUGGGGUUCCCCAUCGAGGUUUAGAAGUCAAGUGUCUGGUGCCUCUGGUAAAGGAUAAUCCCAACAGAGCACUUCUCGAGUCCCUCAACAAGAACUCUUCGCUUCUCGAGCACCUACAAAAUGAGUUCGGCAAAAUAUCCAAAGCGAGAAACCUCACUGUUGUGUCGUUCUAUGAGACAGAAAAGUCCCCUACCGCAAUCUGGGUGCGUCGUCUACACGUCGAGAAGCAUUGUCUGUUCUAA